AUGAAUACCACCGACCACCAGCAUCGGAUAAUACUAUGGGCUUAUCCUCGUUCGAUGUCAACUGUUACUGAGCUCUCUAUAGCAGCAUUAGGCAACCUGGAAAUAUUCCACGAACCCUAUGUAUCAGCAUAUUACAAUGGAAAACUACCACUUGAUUUGUUUAAAAAAUAUACAUAUGCUGAUGUGAAGGACAUGUUAGAGAAACCCUACCCUGGUAAAGAUGCAAUCUUCGCCAAAGACCUCGCUUACACAGUGGAUGGGGAUUACAGUCGGCUUCCACGUGAGUAUCAACACACUUUUCUAAUCAGAGAUCCGAGACAAUCAAUUCCAAGCUUUCACAAAGCAGCUAUUGAAAGCGGAUCCACGUUUACAGACAAAUGGUUGCCUUUUAGUGGUGGGGUCAAACAACUGUAUGAUCUGUUCGUGUACGUAACUGAAAUACUCGGACAGGAAGCCACCAUUAUUGAUGCAUACGAUCUGUGCAAUAAUCCGCGACAAAUACUACAAGAAUACUGCAAGAGGGUUGGAUUACAUUUUCAUGAAAAGAUGUUGAAAUGGGAACCAGGCAACAAUGGUCAUUGGCAAAAAUUCGGCAAGCAAUCUGUAAUCACAGACGGACUCGCGAGACAAGCUCUUAGGAGUACCGAGUUUUUACCAAUUUCGAAUACAAGUGUUGAUAUGGAGAAUAUUCCUGAUUAUGCAGUGGAACAAAUCAAGUUGGCAGUGCCUUACUAUAAACUAUUACAUGACAAAAGAAUCAGACCAACUUAA